AUGACCCCACCCCCUUUUCACGACUCCUUCCCCCACGACCCCCCUUCGACCAUUUCCCCGCCUACGACCCCCUCGCCGAGCAGUGCCCCCCCCACCCCUCCCCCGGUCACAACUGCGCCUGCGCUCCGUCCCCCUUCUCCCCCACCUUCGAACACCGCCCGGGUGAAUAUUGCCAACGCGUGUUCGACGCCCGUGAAAAUCGUACUGGCCAGCAAUCAAGCCAACAACGACUUUUGGAAAGUUUACAACCCGGCUACUAACGCGGCGACUGCGGACGUUCCGUCUCCGUUUGACAUUCCGGCCGGUGGAUCGCGGGCAAACCUGCUUCUGGUCAAUACUGAUCCGGCGAGAGCGCUCUCAGUUCGCACCGGUUCCAUCGGUGCGACCGCCGCCGUCGGCCCUCUCCUCUCAACCAGUUCCACCGCCGGGCUGGAUAACAUUGUCAUCAACGUCAGCUUCGCAAACAAUACCACCACGCCCAGCCUGAGCUUCUCCUCCUUCCCUAGCGGGCCUGGCCGGUUCGCCUUUGAUCCGGCUGCCACCAGCAGCCCCGCCUCUACCGUGGCUCCAGCGGAGAUCGGGGUGAGUUGUGACGGUUACCUGCGCUCCACGCUGAUACCGGUAGGAACGCUGCCGGUGGGUGCCGCGGCACCGGUCCCUACCAUCACCCCAAGAGCAGCAACGGUCCCCGCGGUUAAGAAUUGA